AUGCCAGGCGAUUCCUCUGAGGUGAAGAUUGAGUCUGACCAUGGCACCAAACGCAAACGUACCGACCGCACCGGCAACUUCUAUGAUACUCUCAAUCUCAGACCUUCCUAUCUCCAAACCAGAACCACAAGCGCCAUAGAGAUGUUCCGAGACAUCCAAGAAGGCAAGAUACUGGGCACCGAACUCCCAUCUACCCACCUCGAAGGCCCCAGCAACUACAUGGCAUGGUAUGUAAACAUCAAACUCUCACUACGCCAGCAUGGUGUAUGGCCGGUCAUCUCCGGACUUGAACGUUUGGAUGAGGGCCAUCCGCUGUACGUGUGGUAUGAACGAAUGAUCUAUCAUGCCAUGACCCUGGUCUGGCUCAGUGUCUCUGAUGGGUUCAAGGAGCAGUACCCUCAUUUCGGGGAAGCUUUGAUGCACGGCGGAGGUCCUGAUUUGGAUCAUUCUGGCGAUCCUGGUCUUGCUCUUACUCUCAUUGGGGACGUGUGUCGGAAUCCGGACUAUACACGUGAUGGCCGCAAUGAUUUGACUGAGGAUGAAGACGAUGAUCGUUCGAGGCUAUACAGUGAUGGUUGGCUAACACAGUGA